AUGGAGUUCCUGGGCUCCAUUGAAAAGUCUCUUGCGCCUCGGUGGCUUAAGCAAUUCAUGGUGACAGCGGGAAGAUUUGCGAGUGUUCCACCAUGGAUCCAUGGGCUCAGCUUUCUAUCUUUCGUGCAAAUCACCGUCUGUAACAAGCAAACAACGACGGAUGAACUGAAGAUACUUGGAGCCCUGCCCAAAUUGCAGUGCCUAAUACUAGGCUUGGAUUUCAUUCCAGGACAUGCCAUAGUGAUUGGAAAUGAAGGAUUCCGCAAGCUCCAGAGGUUGUUGAUGACGAGGCAGAGAAUGCAACCGGAACUUCUUGGAGCGGAACAGAUGCUGGACCCGGAAGAGACGAUGCUCAAGCAGUCCAUGAGGAGGCUAAAGGAGUGGUUGAAAUUGAGAUUACUGAAGCUGAAAGUUGAUCCAAAGCCACGCUAUCCGAUCCUCACAGUCACAGCAGAAGCGACGAGAGGCCUCAGCGACAGGAAGCUGACCUCCGAGUCCCAGCCAACCCUGGCGUCGUUGCAGACGGGGACGAUGCUCUGGUCUGUUUCCAUUGAUGCCCCUGAUCACGAGCGCCGACUCCUCCGUCUCUACAUUCACGAACAGAGUCUCCAAUGA